AUGGUUGCCGCAACACAAGCUGCCACUCAGGCCGUCAAGUCGAGCCUUAAGCCGAAUAUCGGUGUGUACACUGAUCCCCAGCACAACCUCUACAUCGCGGAAGCAACACCGUCCGUAGAGGAGAUUCAGAAAGGCGACACUCUCGAGCCCGGCGAAGUUGUUAUCCAGGUCCGAAGCACCGGUAUUUGCGGCUCUGAUGUUCACUUCUGGCACGCAGGAUGCAUCGGUCCAAUGAUCGUUGAAGACAAACACAUUCUCGGCCACGAGUCCGCGGGCGAGAUCAUUGCUGUCCACCCCUCUGUCAAGCACCUCCAGCCUGGUGACCGCGUCGCCGUUGAGCCCAACAUUCCCUGCCACUCCUGCGAACCAUGCCUUACCGGCCGCUACAAUGGAUGCGAGCACGUGCUUUUCCUCAGUACUCCUCCAGUCCCCGGUCUCCUCCGCCGCUACGUCAACCACCCCGCCAAAUGGUGCCACAAGCUCCCCCAGACCAUGUCCUAUGAGGACGGCGCACUGCUCGAGCCUCUGUCUGUCGCGCUCGCCGCCAUCGACCGCGCCCAGGUCAAGCUCGGUGACUCGGUCCUCAUCUGCGGUGCCGGUCCCAUUGGCCUUAUCACUUUGUUGUGCGCGAGGGCUGCCGGCGCGGAGCCCAUCGUCAUCACCGAUAUCGACCAGGGGCGAUUGGACUUUGCGAAGACGCUUGUCGCAGACAGCCCCGGCGUGCUUCAGACAUACCUUGUGACCCGCGGGAAGACCGAGGAGGAGCUGGCUGAGGGGGUGAAGCAGGCGCUUGGAAUGGAGCCGGAUGUCGCGCUGGAGUGCACUGGUGUGGAGUCGUCGAUUGGUGCUGCGAUCCACGCGGUGAAAUUUGGCGGGACGGUGUUUGUCGUCGGCGUGGGCAAGAACGAGAUGAAGUUCCCGUUCAUGAGGUUGAGCACGCGCGAGGUGGACCUGAAGUUCCAGUACAGGUACUGCAACACUUGGCCCCGCGCCAUCAGGCUGGUGGAUAGUGGCGUGCUGGCCAAUAUUAGGAAGCUGGUGACGCACAGGUUUUCGAUUGAGGAUGCGGUCGAGGCGUUUAAGACUAGUGCAGACAUGAAGAGCGGGGCGAUCAAGGUCCAGAUUGUGAAUAAGGAUUAG